GAACUCGAUCCUUGUGAACCUACUCUGCUGUCGAUCCGACCCCUCGUCGUUCAACAUAUCAAAGAGCCCAUCCGCGAUUCUACUUACGAUUACACUUAAUCAAACACCGUCAACAUGGAGACUAUGAUCAAGUCAAUUCUGCGCAUACUGCAGUUCCUUCUUGUCUUGCUUACUACGGCGCUCAUCGGAAAUGUCAUCGCAAGUAACAUCAGCGGCGCCGAGUCCGCCGUCAACUUCAUCAUGUUCGUAUGCGCUUUGUCAUGGCUCGCCGUCAUCUACGGAGUAGUUUCGCACUUUGUCGCCGCGGCCGCAAUUCCCGUUGUCGCACUCGCCCUCGAUAGCGCUGCUACUUUGUUUACAUUCAUCGGCGCCGUUGUUCUCGCUGCAAAAUUGCAGGCUGUAAACUGCAGUAACUUUGGACGUAAAACUAGCGAUUAUAUCGCGUUCGGCUCCAACGACGACGAGAAGCGAUGCCGCGAGAUCCAAGCUAGUACCGUGUUCCUGUGGUUCCUAUUCGCAUCAUUCGCCGCAAGCCUCUUCUUUGUUCUCAAGGAGUUCCGACGCAGCGGUGGUUCCGUUCGCGGUCCUAACAUGUCCCAGAUCGGCGUUUAGGCCGCUGAUCGGAUCUAUGACGACCAUGAUUUCCAUUUUUUUCCCUCGGUACGACACGAAGAUGUCCUACGACCUUACGAAACAAAGUAAUGUGUGCUGCAUUUUAGGGGCUACUGGUUACCGAAUGUAUGAUCACGGGUGUUGAGGGGGAUGCGCUUCGAUAAAUCGGGGAAGUGGGUUUGGCGUUGAGGUUGGGUACUAUCCCGAUGGACGAAUCUUCUUGGACUACAGCAAUAACCGUCCUUGCGCCGGCGCCGGAGAGCUCUCUUCCUGG